CGCUGGGUUCGUGUGAGAGGAACCUUCUCCGAGCAGAGCAGAAGUGCGUCGAACCCCAGCCAGUUUCUGCCUCUCGAAAUGGGACUAAGGGACGAACUAUUAAAGUCGAUAUGGCAUGCUUUCACAGCGCUGGAUUUGGACAAAAGUGGGAAAGUGUCAAAGUCUCAGUUAAAGGUGCUUUCCCAUAGCCUGUGCACUGUGAUGAAGAUUCCUCAUGAUCCAGUGGCUCUGGAGGAGCACUUCAGAGACGAUGAUGAGGGACCGGUCUCCAAUCAGGGAUACAUGCCUUACCUGAACCGUUUCAUUCUGGACAAGGUACAGGACAACUUCGAUCGAGUCGACUUUAACAGGAUGUGCUGGACGCUAUGCGCCAGGAAAAACCUCAACAGAAGUCAUCUACUCAUCUCCGAUGAUGACGCAUUUAAGAUCUGGUGCAUAUUUAACUUUCUCUCAGAGGACCGGUACCCUUUGGUCAUGGUCACAGAGGAGAUUGAGUAUUUCCUGCGUAAGUUGACAGAGGCGAUGGGUGGUAGCUGGAUCGAGGAGAAAUUUGAGGAUUACAAGAUGCAGCUGAACUUCAAACAGCAGUGCCUGAACGUGUGGGAGCUGAUCGAGCUGGUUGGCAUGGGUCACUUCAGCAAAGGGAUGGAUCGUCAGACCCUCUCCAUGGGCAUCAGUGAGGUUUUCCAGGAACUCAUCCUGGAUGUGUUGAAACAGGGUUAUAUGAUGAAAAAAGGCCAUAAACGGAAAAACUGGACAGAGAGGUGGUUUCUGCUCAGCCCCAAUUCGAUCUCAUACUAUGUGAGUGAAGAUCUGGCAGAGAAAAAAGGAGACAUACUGCUGGAUGGGAACUGCUGUGUUGAGUCACUACCAGAUAAGGAGGGGAAGAAAUGCCUUUUCUUUGUCAAGUGCUCAGACAAAAGCUAUGAGAUCAGUGCCUCUGAUAAAAAGAAGAAACAGGAAUGGAUUCAAGCCAUUCAGACAUGUAUCUCCCUGCUGAAGUUAGGCCGUCCGGCUCCACAUCAUGAAGCUCGGCAAAAACGGCGAGAGCUGAGGCAGAAACAACAAGCUGAGCAGGAACAAUUAGAGCUUAGGAUGAAAGAGCUGCAGAUAGCCAACGAGAACAAGCAGAGAGAACUCGAGGCUAUGAGAAAGAAACUGGAGGAUGCAGCCGCCACGGCAGCUGAGGAGGAACGCAGACGUCUGCAGACCCAGACCCAGUUGGAGGACCUUUACAAAGCUGAAAUGGAGAAAGAGAAAAUGGUAAGGCUGCAGAUGGAGGAGCAGGUUGCACAGAAGUCCAGUGAGCUAGAGCAGUAUCUGCAACGUGUCCGAGAGCUGGAGGAUAUGUACCAUCGCCUGGAGGAGGCACUAGAGGAUGAGAGGCAAGCCAGGCAGGAUGAAGAGACUUUUCGUAAACUGCAGGCCAGAUUGCUGGAGGAGGAGGCAGCAAAGCGCUCAGAGCUGGAGCAUAUCCAUCUGCAGCAGCAGCAGGCUAUCUCCCAGACAAAGGCUGAGAAAGAGGAGCUGGAAAGAGCGCGUCUGGAGAAGGACAGUGCGCUGCAGGAAGCCAUGCAGCAGCUCCAGAGGCUGGAGACAGAGAGACAGAGUGCACUGGAGCAGUAUGAGGAAGUAAUGAAGAAACUGGAGGAUGCUGCUAAUAACACAAAAAGCUGGAAAGACAAGGUGGCCCAUCAUGAGGGACUCAUCCGUCUUAUACAGCCGGGCCCGAAAGGCCCUCAGAAGAUCACAAACUGGGGUCCUGCAGCCUUCACAGAAGCAGAACUGAGUCUGAGAGAGAAGGACUGGAAGGAGAGGAAAAGCAAGCCAGCUGAGACCCAAUGAAGCAUCAUUGCUGUUCUUCCUGCAUUACUGCAAAGCAUUCCUGUACAUCUAACCACUACUGAAUGGGGAAACAUUGGCCAUUUAGGCCACAUUCCACUCAAACGGACCUUUGAAACACCCCGUGUGACUGCAUAGUAGACUCUAAUUUUGCUGUAUCUGUUAUUAUUCCAGUCAUACUGUAACAUUGCAGGGCAUUUUGUGCCUCAUUUGAAGGGAUUUAUAUAUUUGUUUUUAUAAAGCACCAUAUUCUACACAGAUAUGCUGAUUUAGUUGUUUUUUUUUCUGCCAAAGUGGUGACAGAUUUUGUACAGAAUUUAGUACAAUGUCAAAGAUCAUUUUAAAAGUGGAACAAAAAACCUGUCAUUCACCAAGUCAUGUUGAAAACAUCUUCAAUAAUCUAACCUGUAACCUUAUCAGUUUUUCUCACAUAAUUUAGUACUGUUUAAAUGGAAAUGGGGCACCAUAAACAGCAAACGGUUGUUGAAGUGAUGAAUGAAGUACUGUGUAGAAAUGUGUUUUUGUACUUUGUGUAGAAUAACAUUGUUUUGUCACUGUUUUUCCCCCACACUGACACAAACAAAAUCCAAUUAUUGAGGUAAUUUUGUUAAUGGAGACAUGGCUACUACAGUAUUAAGCUGUUAUAACACCAGAGCAGUUCUGUUAUUAAAACUUUUACCCGA